AUAAAACAGAUGAUUUUCUCUGCUGCUAUCUUGAGUUGCAACGAUAUUAAGUUGUUAUUUUUCUCUUUUUAUGGCUUAAUUUGUGACCUCAGGCUGUGUGGUGGUCAGCACAGUAGAUAAUAGCAAAAAGAAAAAUGAAGAAAAAGAUGAAAGGAUAUGGAGGCUGAAAGUGGAAAUAUUGAGAGUAUCAGUACCAACCGUAGUAUUGGUAUUUAUACUAUUAAAACCCACCCCUAAUCGCAACCCCCGAACGUGUGACUUUUUUUUCGUACAGUUCGAGCAUCAUUUCGAGAGACGAUCUUUGUGUUUGAUCAGCUGACGUAGGAAUGUACUUGUUACAAAACAUUAGAAAUUAGCAUACAGCAGCUGAGUGUAACUUGAAAGCAGAGGAGACAGAGCGUGUUAUCAAACGUGAUCAGACUGAAUGUAGUCACCGGAAUAUGCCCACCAAUGGAUAACCCUGCGACCAUCGCACCUGUGCAGAACGAUUGUGAAACAGAGACAAGUUCAGCUUGGAGCUGGUGGCCUUCCUGGCGCCCUACCUCCAUGUCCCUUUUGAAGACAACUGAAUCUAAGAUUCUUGCCUGUAUUCAGAAUGAUCUAUGGGCCAGAUUUGUGACCCUACAAAACCAGUACCGGAUAUGGACUCUGACCAUCACCAACAAGGCGGUUCGCAAACCUGUAGAACAAGUACCUAAGACUCCACUGGUAAUGGUUCAUGGCUUUGGAGGAGGGGUGGGUCUGUGGAUCAGGAACCUAGACGCCCUGAGCCGGUCAAGGCCCGUCUACGCGUUUGACCUCCUUGGUUUUGGCAGGAGUUCCAGGCCUCCCUUCCCUUCAGAUGCUGCCGAGGCAGAGGAGCAGUUUGUGGACUCCAUUGAACAGUGGAGGCAGUCUGUAGGCCUGGAGAACAUGAUUCUGCUGGGACACAGCCUGGGGGGUUACCUGGCAACCUCGUAUGCCAUUCAGUAUCCAUCUAGAGUAUCACACCUUAUCCUGGUAGAUCCCUGGGGUUUUCCGGAGCGACCCAAGGUCCAGAACCAGCAGGGCCAGGGGACAGAUGUGGUGAAGAGGCCGUCCCCUCCCCGCUGGGUGAAGGCUAUCCUAGCAGUCGUUACCCUCUUCAACCCACUUGCUGUGAUUAGAGCAGCGGGACCGUUGGGUCCGGGCUUGGUGAACAGAUUCCGUCCUGAUUUCAAAAGGAAGUUUGAAGAUCUGUUUGAUGACGACACCAUGACCCAGUACAUCUACCACUGUAACGCACAAACACCAAGUGGAGAGGUGGGUUUUAGGGCCAUGACGGAGUCCUUGGGUUGGGCUAAGAGGCCGAUGCUGGAUCGGGUUCAUCAGCUGCCCGCCUCCAUGCCCGUCACUCUGCUGUAUGGAGCACAGUCCUGGGUGGACAGCUCAUCCGGAUACAAAAUGGCUCAGAUUAGGAACCACUCCAACACCAGAGUGCUGCUGAUAAAUGAAGCCUCCCACCACGUGUACGCAGAUCAACCAGGGGAGUUCAACAGAGUUGUUGAAAAUAUUUGUAAAUCUGUGAACUGACAUGUUUUUGGACUGAACUUGUUAAGAAAAAGUGGCGAUGGUCUUAACACCGGCACUUUUGCAUGUGAAGUAUGCUGGGUGGGUUUGCAUAUUGAAAUGCCAUGAUUUUGAUUGUAGUUUCUUUAUUAUUAUUAUUAUUAUUAUUGUAACAAGUUGUUGUUAUUAUUAUUCCAGUAAAACUCUUAUAUUUGUUAGAAGGGGUUUUUAGUGUUAUUUACAUUUAUUUUUGACAUUUUCAUGAAGAGCAUUAACCGAACUGCCAGUGCCGAAAUAUACUGGGUUGUCAUAUUCCUUUAACACUCAGUGGAACACGCACACGGCUAUGGAUGUGUUAUUUAUUACCCAUCAGCCACAUGAUUCCCGGUUCACACUUCAAUAUGUGCCUGACAAUUUUUCUUUAAUCCCUGCUCUUAAUGUCUUCCUCAUGUAUCAAUCAGCUGUAUUUUGUAAAAUUAAACCAGUAAAAGCUUAUUUAAACUA